CAUGGCGGUCAUUAGUAAGUACUUGACAGCCAAGAACUCUUACCUGGCCGCCGGCGUAAUUCUGGUGUUUUUUUUCUUAAACAGAAGACGGCGCUCAGUGGAGUUGUAUGGAUUGUAAUGGUGUACAUUGUGCUCCUGCGAAUGAUUAACGAAACCUUGAUUUCACGGCGAACAGUGGAGGAAUUUCCUAUCUAGGAAUAAACUGAAACGACUGACAAUUAAUUAGCACAGAUGCCAUUAUGAGACAUCGCUGCUGAAAUGCUGUGAAAUAAGAAAAACAAUGCAGAACAACCGCUGAACAAUAAUAAAAAUGGGAAGAAAGUGCAGACAGCAGUGGACAAGGUGUUUUUCACGCAACUUCUCCACAUCGUCAAGAUACUAAUACCUAAGAUGUUCUGCAAAGAGUCAGGGUACCUCCUGCUAGUGGCGGCCAUGCUCCUGGCGCGGACGUACUGCGACCUGUGGAUGAUUCAUAAUGGAACAAUGAUUGAAAGCGCGAUUAUCGGUCGCUCAGCAAAAGAUUUCAAGAAGUACUUGUUCGGUUUCAUCACAACUAUGCCAUUUAUGUCGUUGAUAAACAACUCCCUUAAGCUGGGCCUGAACGAACUCAAACUGCUUUUCCGAGCGAGGCUCUCCGCUCACCUCUAUGAUGAAUAUUUGAAGGACUACACAUACUACAAAAUGGGCAACUUGGACAACCGCAUCGCCAAUGCCGACCAGCUGCUGACGCAGGACGUGGAGAAGUUCUGCAGCUGUGUGGUGGACCUCUACUCAAACCUCACAAAGCCGCUGCUGGACAUUGGCUUGUACAUAUUCAAGUUGUCAACUGCUAUGGGCACUUGGGGUCCGAUCAGUCUGAUGAUCUACUUGGUAGUCUCCGGACUCCUGCUGACAAAGCUACGAAGACCCAUCGGCAGAAUGACUAUGAUGGAGCAGAGAUACGAGGGCGAGUACAGAUACAUCAACUCCCGCCUCAUCAGCAACAGUGAAGAGAUCGCCUUCUAUAAUGGGAAUGUAAGAGAGAAGAAGACCAUCCUCUCAGUGUUCAACAAACUGGUUAACCAUUUGCAGCGAUUCCUCUUCUUCCGUUUUUCCAUGGGGUUUACGGACAGCAUUAUCACGAAAUACAUCGCCAUGGUUGUUGGCUACCUGCUGUUGAGCCGUCCCUUCCUCAACCAGCUUCACCCUCGAUACCUGCAGAGCUCGCAUGCGGAGAUGCUGGAGGACUACUACCAGAAUGGGCGCAUGAUGCUGCGUAUGUCGCAGGCCUUGGGGCGCGUGGUGCUGGCCGGCCGGGAGAUGACGCGAUUGUCGGGAUACACAGCGAGAAUAACCGAACUGAUUACAGUGCUGAAAGAAUUGAAUUCUGGGAAAUAUAAGAGGACCAUGGUCUCCAACCAUGAGAAAGUGGACUCCAAACAAAUAAACCAUGUUCCUGGAAAUGGAGAAGUAAUAUAUGCAGAUAACAUAAUCAAGUUUGAGCAUGCGCCUUUGGCCACACCCAAUGGCGAUAUUCUUAUUCCAGACCUGACCUUUGAGGUAACGUCAGGAACCAACGUUUUGGUGUGUGGACCCAACGGCUGUGGGAAGAGCUCACUUUUCCGAGUUCUUGGAGGCCUCUGGCCGCUGACCGGUGGGCGCCUCACCAAGCCGGACAAGGGGAAGCUCUUCUACGUUCCCCAGAGACCGUAUCUGACCUUGGGCACCCUGAGGGAUCAGGUGAUCUACCCGGAUACUCCUAGUGACCAGCAGCGCAAAGGCAUUUCAGAUCUGGUGUUGAAGGAGUACCUCGAAAACGUGCAACUCGGUCACAUCCUGGACAGGGAGGGCAGCUGGGAUGUGGUGCAGGACUGGAUGGAUGUGCUUAGUGGCGGAGAGAAACAAAGAAUUGCUAUGGCCCGCUUGUUCUAUCACAAGCCUCAGUUUGCCAUCCUGGAUGAGUGCACCAGCGCCGUUAGUGUUGACGUGGAGGACUUCAUCUACAGCCACUGCAGGACGGUUGGCAUUACCCUGUUCACAGUCUCUCACAGGAAGUCUUUGUGGAAGCACCACAAGUACUACCUGCACAUGGAUGGAAGAGGGCACUACGAGUUCAAACCCAUCACCAAGGACACGGUGGCCUUCGGGUCAUAGGACAUGCGGUAGCCGAAGUGCCCUUCCAGAAGCUACGUGGAAAAUUCUGGAAUCGAUGUGCACAAAAUUGUGUUGUAUGUUUCCAAUGAUUUUUUUCUUAUUCCCGCAGAACAUUUUUGUGUUAGUACAAAGCUCCCACAAGCUCAGUGAAUGUAUACACUAUUUUUGUACCGAGCAAAAUGGUUAAGGGGAUUUAUUACAAAUAUUUUUAACUGAAAUGUAUCUGUGGUAGUUAAGUGGGACUGUAAUGUUAUUUAAUAAGGUAGUUGUUACAGCAUCCAUCCGUCUGUCCAUCUCCUAGCCACUUGCACCCUUAAGUCAUUGCAGAUGUUAGUAUUGCAACUUACUUAUUUAAGUGUAUUUAUUUAUGUGCAUUGGGAAUACUGUAACUCCGUUAAACACAGGUACUGUCUUUUAUAUGCUCAGUCACUGACAAAGCAAAACACAAGAGUUGAAGUAAGUAGUGUGGAUAGUAUAAACACUACAGUUUGCUACUGCUGAAUUUCAACUGUGAUUUACAUUUGUUUUAUGUCCCGAAAACCAAGCACUGUUUUUCGUUUAAUUGCUUUGUACGUUUCUGUCCAACAAAUUGCGGUGAAGUGACUACUCAGAGAACAUUUAAGUAAGUUGAACAGUAGAGGGCAGUGUUUCUACUCACAUGCCAGAAUGUAUUCGAAUUACCUCCAAGUUCAUUUUUUUUAUUUCACUCUUUAGCAAAGCUGGAUUCUGUGUAUCUUGUAUAUGUGUUUAAUGUGAAUGGUGUAUCUAUGUGGGCAUAUAUAUUACAUUGCAGUGACCAAAUGUCCCCAUAAUGUGAUAAAAACCAUUUUUUUCCCUCCCUAUUGUUGCGCAAUACCGAUGUUGAGACCCCCUUAAAAUUUUGCUUUUGAGGCUUUCAGGGGGUCUCAUGGGUUAAUUGGGGGUGUCGGACCUCCCCUAUUUCACACACUGGACGCUCCCUAGAAAGAUAUCAGUACAGGUCUCUGUGUGUGCGCGCAUGUGUGUGUGUGUGUGUGUGUGUGUUGUUUUCAAUAUGUCACACUUUUCUGACAGCCAGAAGUCAGUACACUAUUUUUCAAAUUAUUAAAAGGUUUGAUUUGAUUUAAUAUCAAGUCAUGGUCAACUUGCUGCUUUUUUAUGUUACAGGCUGCUUAUAUUGUGGCAGGUUUAGGGCCUCUUUGUCUGAGAAGCGAACAGAGCAGCUCGGCGAGGGAAAGUCCCUCCACAUGACAUGCUUAGUGUCACACCACUGACUCGGACUCACAUGUCCCCAAAGGCUGGCAGAGAAACCUAGUUUAGAGUUCUACUCUCCAGAUGUUUUUAAAUGACUUGUUCUUCCAUCUAAUUGCCAAUAAAACAUGA